CAUCAACGGGUGACGUGACUGUGCGACUGUGUUUUUUGCUGAGUCGCAAGCCGCUGCCGCUGCCGCUGCUGCUUGUUUGGCGCAGCGUCACGACCAACAACACAUCCACCAACCAACCCGCACACCGCGAGGGCUUUGUCACAGACACAACUUUUUUGUCUGCUUGCUUUUGCUUGCUUGUUUUGUUGUUGUGAGUGAGUUGCCUGUUUUGUUUGUCUUGUGGCUGAGUGUGCCAUUUUCCACUCGUACGCCAGCCAGACAACAGAGACCCGUUGCACUGAGGAACGAAGAGCAAAACGCCGACAAGCAAGCAAAGAAGCAAGCCACCCCCUCUCUCCCAGAUACGCACGCACGCACACACGCACCGGCUCGCAUCGGAACGACAGCCGCAACCCGCUUCAACCAACUGCAACCAGCCCGCAACCUUGUCUUUCCCCCCCCCCUCCUUUCCGCCGGACAGCCCACUCGUCUUAUCUCUCCUCUCCGCAGGACAACUCAACUUUCUCUCCUCUCGCCUCCGCAGGACACACAUACACACACGCACACCAACUUUGAUCUCACCCUCAUCACCCCCACGGACCCCAACAAAAGCAACGCCAAGAUGAGUCUGAACUCGCUCGACAACCUCACCUUCACGCCGCUCAACAAGGACGCGCAAAAGGUGGUUAUUGCCGCGGACGGACGCGCAUACAACCGGACAACCUUGGAGGAGUACUUUGCCAUGUUUCCAGACAAGGCCCGCAUCACGUCGCCGCUCACGGGAGAACGCAUGACAGACACGAUCCGCGACCUCACCUUGGCGGAGUCCCUGGAGCUGCAACACCAAAACGUCUCGUUCUACCACGACGAUGAAGAAGAGGGCAUCUUUGACGCCGACGCCAGCGUCAUUGCAAGCUUCAACGAGGUCAUGCCGGAGGCCAUCCGCACCCUGCUGGCUCAGGACUUUGGCGGCCUGCUUUCCACGGACACGGUGCCGCACAUUGUCUCGAUUGGCCCAGAGAACAUUGGCAAGAGCCUUGCCCUGCAGCGCCUGAUUGGGCGCCCGCUGUUCCCCGUCGCCAACGAGCUCAUGACCCGCAUGCCAACCAUGGUCAAGCUGCGCCACGGGCCCACCCGAAUGCCCACCGUCUGGGUGCAGUACGCGCAGGACGACGAGGCCGCGGGCGCAGUGCAGGGCGACAAGAAGGCCGUGCGUUGCCGCGCCUUCACGGGCGAGCACGCGGGCGAGACGGCUGAGCUGCUGGAGGACGCCGUGCCCGUGCCCUGGCUCGCCGAGGCCAUCAAGGAACGCAUGGCCACGCUCAUGGCCGAGGAGAAGGACGAGCAGGGCCGCCUGCUGCGCGUCAGCCUCAAGUACGAGAUUGUCGUCGAGCUGCACUCGCCGUACUACUUCAACGCUGACAUCCUCGACCUCCCCGGCAUCAUCCAGGCCGAGGGCCACAACUACGCCCCGCGGCCCGAGGACACGCAGGACCUGGCCAAGCGCUACGUGCGCCGCUACCGCGACAACGCCCUCUUCCUCCUCACCAGCAAGGUCACCACGCCCGCCAACCAGAACCCGGCCAUGCAGCUGCUGCACGAGGAGCACCUCGACCACGUGGCCAUUGGCGUCAUCACUCACGCCGACCAGUACCCGACGGACCUCCUGCAGUACGGUGACCCAAACCACUUUAUCAACGCAGAGUACGGCUGGACGCCGCUCGCCGCAGGCCUGGGCCAGGACGUGCGCGCCAUCACAGCCAGCGUGCUGCACGCCCUGUCCACCAGCGAGCAGCAGGAGAUGGCCAGGCUGCAGCCGCCGACGCAGAACAGGGACCGCUUCCACAUGGGCGGCAUCAAGGCGCUGCGCCGCUGCGUGUGUGACGGCCUCGAGCACUUUUUCGGCCACGUGAUCAUCGGCCAGCUUGUGCAGAUGCUGAGCAUGCACUACCGCAAGAACAGCGAGGCAAUCGCCGCCCUUGGUGUCCCCUUUGAGGACCCAACAACAAAAGCAGCAACACCAACAACCUCUGGGCAAGGGGAAGCGUCGAAUGGCGAAGCUAGCUCCGACGACGAGUAUGAUGAUGAUGCCACGCUGACUACGUAUGCGCAAUAUGCACAGCCAUGCUCCGUGGUGCAGGCUGCCGUGCGUGAACGCACCAUCCGCGCCCUGACAGAGCGCAAGGCGGAGCUCUACGCGGCCAUGCGCGACAGGGUUGAGCAGCUCAUCCAGCCCUUCCACGACCUCCACGACCACCUGCUGCAGCAGUGCAAGACAUUUGCGCCCAGCAGCCCGCUGCCGAGCGCUGAGAUGCGGCGCUUUGCCGGCAACCUCAUGGCCGACGUGCGCCAUCAGGUCGCCGACCUUGAGCGGGAGCUGCGCAACAACAACUGCUUCUCCGCGCUCGUGCGCGACUUUGUGCGCACCACCCUGACCGCCGACGCCAGCGCCGUGCGCCUCGAGCGCUUUGGUGCGCACAUUCGUGCUGUCGCAGACUCUGCGGCGGCCGUGGUGGCCGAGCGCGUGGACCAGGGCGCCGCAGAGUGUGUGAGCGCCUUCAUGCAGGAGCAGCUGCGCAAGACGUCCCAGCUGUUCUCCUUCUGCAACAAGCGCCUCGUGUACCGCCUGGUACCCGCCGCCAGCGCAGCGGACCCAGCAGCCGCGCCCACGCUCGGCGACUUGGUCGAGUUUGACAUGGCCGGCGCGCUCACGUUUGACUUUGAGCGCGACAUUGUGCAGAGCGCCGUGCCGGAGACAACCGGCAUUGACACCACCGAGGACGCGCGUGUCACGCCAACGCCAAGCGCGCUCACCCGCACGCCCUCGGGCAACGACGCUGCUGCCACAACGGGUGGGGAGGACGCGCGUGUGCCCAUCACGGAGCAGCGGCGGGAGCUUCUCUCUGCCCGCGCGCGCAUGGACCGUGCCCUGGCGGAGGUGUGCGUGCUGCGCCAGCAGGUGUACGAGAAGGACGUGGAGAACGACAAAGCACGCGCACGGCGCUUCGACGAGCUGGAGAAGCUGCCCACCGCAACCGACAGCGUGCGCCGCGUUGCCGAUCGCUUGAACGACCCGGAAUGCAACAUCUCCCGCAUCACGAUUUCGGUCGAUCCCAGUGAUGGCUCUGAGCUUCUGCUUGGCUUUGCAGCACAUGCCACCUCCGUCGGCGAGCUCACGAUCACGGGCCUGCUGCAAGACAGCACACUGCGCCGCAUUGUCCAGUGCAUCAACACCGCCCACGAACUGCGCCACAUCAGCUUCUGUGAGAUGGCGUUUGGAGAGCGGCAGUUCAAGACCCUCCUGGAAACUCUUGCCGCCCACAUCAACCUCGACACCAUCACGUUUGAGGCGUGCGGCCUCACCGAUGACAACAUCCCUGCUCUUGUGGAUCUCAUCGAAUCCGACUGGCGCUGCACCGUCAUCAGCCUCCCUGGAAACAACUUCAGCGACGACGGCUGGCAGGUGCUGCAGCAGGCGGCACACGAACACAGGCAAAGCGAGGCGCUUGCGCGCUGGCUGGCCUACAACACCCUCCAUCCCACGUCAGAGAACGACGUCGUCAGCGUGUUUGUGACGGAGGAACCGGCAAUCAAGCCCUUCCUCUCACAGGACAGAACGGAGCGCGGCCCGACAAUCGAGGAUUUGUCGACGGAGGGCGAGGAUUUGGCGGCGGAGGGCGACGAUGGGAUUCCUGAGUUCAAUGGCGUCAAGUUGGAGCGCAAGGAGGACCUGCUGCGCCUCGCACAGGGGCCUGACGACUUCUACGAAUUCACACAGCACAUGCCGCUGCCCACGACGAUCCACGUUGCAAACCUGCUGGGCGCAGACGUCGCUGAGAAUGCAGGGCGGGACGAUGUCACUGCCGCCAUUCUCAACCACUUGCCAUCCCUCUACGCUUGAACUGCCUUGACCAGCACACGUUAAAGCUGUCAUUGUGGUGUGUGUGUGUGUGUGUGUGUGUGUGUGUGUGUGUGUGUGUGUGUGUGUGUGUGCACUGAAUUGGACUUGCUCGGAUCAUGUCGACCACUUAUGUUUGAGUUGUUUUCUGUUUGCGUUCCGCCUAUUAAUCGAUGUGUACUGUUUCCUGCCGUCAUCUCACCAGUAAAGUCAUCCUCUGCAAAA